CAAUCCACACAGUUUCAUAUCAAAGAUCGAUGGAAAGGGAAAUAUUCGAAGAUAAGAAAGGCGUGGAGUUGAGGGAUGAGGAAGCAGAGAGAGGCGAUGAAUCGUUCAUUGAAAUUAUACCUAUCAACGUCAAGACCGCGGAUGACUUGAACAUCUUGCUUUGGCCUCUCGGUACUGAAAAGCCACCCAUCUUCGAAUCGCCUCCCACCUGCUUCUCUGCACACGCCGCCAUGAGACUAAUGAAGAUGACAAAGAGUAUAAUAGGAAUGAGGAUGAUGAUGAAAGUGGGAUGUGUGAGUGUAGUGGGGAUGAUAAGAGAGAAUGUGGCAGAGAAAUGGGUGAAAAUGGAAGAAAGAAGAAGAAACAAAGAGUGGAGCAGAGGAAGUUCCCCAGUUCACAAUGUCCAGCUUGAAGAAACACACGAGGACUCCAUCAACGCAGCCAUCGCUUAUUGCAAGGCCUCCUUGGCAUCUACAUUAUAACCACGAAAAUAUAUGGCCGUCGACACAUGUAUACCUCAAUGAAAACUAUUUAUUGAAAUUAUACCCAUCAACGUCAACGGUACGGCUUAUUCUGCUGUUGGUACUUGGUAUACGUAUGGGUGAACCGGGGGUUUUGACGAGUUUAUGUUAUCAGUUAUCACCGCAGUUUAAAAGCAGAGAGAGCGCUUCUUCUUAAAGAUAUUUGAGACUUAGGUUUGUAUGAGUAUAGAAACGAAGAAGAAGACAAGAGAUAUGAACUAGUUUCUGUACUCUCUUCUCACUUGUAUUUUCUAUUUCUUAUUAUGUUCAC